GCUGGGCAGCAGGUUUUCAUUGAGCGCGCCACCGUCCAAGAUGCAGAUGUCAUCAGGUUGAUGGUAAUCGCCGCGUACGCCAAGUAUGUUGAACGCAUCGGCAGAGAGCCCGCGCCAAUGACAGCAGACCAGCACGCCAUCAUUGCCGACCCCACGCAGGACAUCUACGUGCUACGCAGGUGCGAGGACGGGAAGGUGGUGGGAUCCAUCCUCCUCUCGGACUCUGAAAGGGACGACUCGACGCUGGUGGAUAAUCUCGUCGUUGAUCCAGAGCUGCAAGGGCGUGGCUAUGGACGCCUCCUCAUGGAUUUUGCGCAUGACUAUGCUCGUGCGAAGGGGCGCCCGGCUCUGACGCUCUUCACCAACGAGAAGAUGUACGAGAACCACGCACUGUAUGUGAAGAUGGGUUUCAUCCAGGUAGACAAGAGGGUUGAGAAUGGAUACCACCGGGUCUACUUCCGCAAACAGCUC